AUGAAUCGAACUGAACAAUCAUUGAAAAAUAAAUUGGAAAGAAUUAAAAAUAAAUUAGAAGAUGUGAAGAAAACUAAAAUUGUUCAGGUAAUUUUUUUUAAUUUUCCUAAUUUUUUCUGGAAUGAAAUUUUGAAUUUUCAGGACAAGAAAAUUGAUUGUCUUCGAGAUGAUAUUAAAGAAAGCGAAAAAAGUUAUGAUAAACUCGAAUCUGAAAUUCGUAGAGAAAUUGUGUAAGUUACAGGAUCUCGUAUUUAUAUACAAUUCUAUUCAGAAGACAAUUGGAAAGCGAAUCGAAGAAAAAUGAAUUGGAAAGACGUGUGAAAAUAUUCGAAUAUGAAAAUUGGGGAAUUCAAGAUGAAUUUCAGAAAUUAUUAAAAUCAUUGAACGAAGAAGAGUGAGUUUCAAAAAACAAACAAAUAUAAUUCGAUUCUUAUUUUUUAGAAAUUGUCAUCAAACAAAAGAACAACAAAAAAUUGCAGAAUUAGAACUAUUGAUUUUGAAAAGUCGAAAUUAUAUCAGAGAGAUGAAUGAAAAAAUGAUAAAUGGAUCAAUCACCAGUAUAUCUUCAGAACUUCCUUUCAAUCAAGAAAAGAUCAGUUCUGUGUUUCCGCAAAAAUCGGAACCUCGAAAUUGGAAAAAAUUAAAUGAUCAAAAAAGAGAAAUUUUACAAUUGAAAAGAGAAUUUGAAGCUCUUGAAGCAACGAAAAAACGACAGAUUGAACAAAAACAAAAAUCUUGAAAAAAUUCUUGAAGAAAAGACAAAAGAAGCUGAUAAAUGUGCAUUUGAAUUGAGAAAUGCUGAAAAUAUUCGACUGUCAGAAUUGAAUCAAAGUAAGUUGAUAGAAUGAAAAUGUAUGAGAAAAAUUGGGAUUUUCAGAAGAUCGAAAAAUGAAACCAUCAAUUCUAAUUGAAACUAAAUCCGAAAAGAAAAAGAAAGCAGAAAUGGAUAGAAAAAAUAAUUUGAGAGAAAAAAUUGAGCGAUUGGAAAAAUCGAAUGGAGAACAGAAAAUGGAAAAUGAUAGAUUAAGGUACAGUAAUCUCAUAUUUUUCAAUUAAUUAAUUAAUUAUGUUUUUGUUAGUGAGCGCACCGAACUUCUGAAUCGUCGUCUUGAAAAAAUUGGAAAUCAGAGAUUUGGAAAAAAUGGGAAAUAA